CCCUGGUGUUCACACUGACCUUGAUUCUAAAAAUAUUGUCGAGCUUGGAUGUAGACUGUGGAGCCCAGAUCAGACUUUGUUUGGAUGUUUGAUGAACCACAGAGAAGGUAAUAGAGCAAGCUUCUUUGUUAAGCUCUGCCUCAAGGUCAAUGCGAAUAGACAAAACGGGCCUAGAACCUCAAUUAAAGACUUAAUACACUUUGGGGAGGUUGUAUCAUACUUGAGAUACACGUUUCCAGAUGGAAACUCACGAUUACUAACCCUCAUCAAAAUGUUUGAUGUGAAGACAAACAGAGACUGCCUUUGGUCUUACAAGAUAAAAGUAAUCAAUGUUGGUGAAAUUGUUUCCCCUUUGGCCGUUCAUUUGAUUUGCUAUUAACAAAACAUAACAACAAAUGUCCUUCUCAACAUCUCCUUUGACUUAAUUAUUUAAUUAUGCUUAAUGGAUAUUACCCCUCAAAAAAAAAAAAAAAGAUGAUGACGAUGGUUGCUCAUAUUUAUCUGACUGAUUAGUGAAUUUAGACAGUAAGCCUACAUUUGGC